GAGUGACAGUGAUAAAUACGCCGACCUCUUGGUGUUCGGAUAUGCCUGCAAACUGUUCCCAGACGACGAAAGGGCUCUUUACCACGAACAUGGAAAACAUCUUAUCCCAUGGAUGGGGGACAAGAGCAUCAUGAUUGAUAGGUCGGUUGAACAAACUUAGACCGAAACAUUAUGCUAACCAUCUAUGCUGUCCGUUAGCCUGUUUCACAAUUCAAGGGACCACUUGGAGUUUGUCUUGCAGAAGCUUGGAAACACCUGCAACUGGCGACGAGUGUCUUUAAUUCCUUGCCUGCUAACUUGUUUUUGGAUGUGCUGAACUGACAACAAAUGGUAUCUGAAGUUUCUAGAAUAGCAUGUGAAGAUGCAAAUCCUUGCCAGUCUUUGCUAACGUUAGCCACGAUGCUGAAGCAUCACUGUACACUCAGUAGCUAAGUUGUUAGCUGAAACUACUGCAGUGUAACACAACACAAUGAAACAAAUGGGGUGGACAAGGUUUAAUAGUUUAAACAAAAAGUAAAAGUAUUCAUGUAGAUAGGUUUUGUUGCAGAGCUGUGUCUAUAUGAGUGCGUUAGUUUUGCUGUGUACCUCCUAAACUGCCAAUUAUGUGUAUUUUAGAGACAAUAAAAGCAUUUCAGUUUCAUAUAAUUUAAGACAACAAAGGUUAGCUUUUAGGUGGGCUUUGCAUCUUGGCAUGAUGGGAGAAUUUCCUCUGGAAACUUUUACUCCAGGCAUACACUACAGUAGAGUAAAAUAGAAGUCAAAAUGGAGUAUAAUGGAGAAGAUGUUUCCUUCUUUCUGUCAUUUUCAGAUUGAGAUUUGCAGAAAAUACCAAUAUGUACACAAAGCAAAUGACCUGUGCUGAUAUCCACAAGGCCAGAGCAAAUUCUAACCAAGACUAAAGUUACGGCACUUAAGGUGAUUCAAAAUGUAUCUCAAUGCCAAUGUAAAAUAUCAGGGUUUACCAAUUUACAGAAGAUUUAAAAGUGCUUCCCUUUGUGGGUGACAGGGUGAUGUUUUUUUGCCACCUCCAUACAGAACAUAUAAUAAAUUAAUCUUAAACUAUUGAGCCUUUAAAUUGUGCAUUUAUUCUUUUGAGUCACCUUGAUCUGCAGUGGCCCAACUUGUGUUUCAUUUGUACAGCAUUUGUAUGUGUGUCUUUAUCACAUAACCCAGUUUCUUCCCCAGCAAGGUAGGCUAAAGGGGUCCUGCCAAACCCCGAAUGGCAACUACAGCACCCCAUUUCUUUGUCUUCGUGAAGAAACUGCAACUGAGAAGUGGCGUAGAGGGACGAACCCUGGAAAAUGUCGUCCAUUUGGGUUCUUGCGGAUAGAUACGAUGGGCGUGGUCACUUACAUGACCUUUCAGAGUAUGACAGCGGGUCAUGGAAUACAUCCUACCAGCUGUCGGAGGAGGAGGCCAGGAUUGAGGCGCUGUGCGAUGAGGAGAGGUACCUGGCUCUGCACACUGACCUGCUUGAAGAGGAGGCCAGACAAGAGGAGGAGUACAAACGUCUGAGUGAGGCUCUGGCUGACGAAGGCUCCUACAAUGCAGUGGCCUUCAAAUACAGCGCUGACUACUAUGACCCCUCUCAGCCCACUGAGGAGGAGGACGCUAACAGGGAAUCUGAAGAGGCAGAGCCUGAGGAGAGUGAGGAACCGUACGUCGCUCCCCCGGGGCUCGCUAUCCCUCCUGAUGUGGAACUGCCGGCAACCAUUAAGACCCACAACAUCAUCGAGAGGACAGCCAACUUCGUAUCUCAGCAGGGGGCUCAGUUUGAGAUUGUCCUGAAAGCCAAGCAGUCCGGUAACUCCCAGUUCGACUUUCUUCGCUUCGACCAUUACCUGAACCCUUAUUACAAACACAUCCUGCGGGCCAUGAAGGAAGGUCGAUACAACCUUGGCUCGGCCAAGAAGCAGGAGCAGUCGCAGGAAUCCCACUCUGAUGAUUCAGAUGAGGACGAUGAUGGCAGUUACCUCCAUCCCAGCCUGUUUGCCCCUAAAAAGUGCUCUCGCCUGGAGGAGCUGGUGAAGCCUUUAAAAGUAAUGGACCCAGAUCAUCCUCUGGCAGCACUUGUACGAAAAGCCCGACAGGAAAGGAAUGGCGCGGCGACAGUGGCAGCUGAACCAGAGGAAGUGACAGACCCAGCUGCAUCCACCACACCAGCGCAGUACACUGCUGAUCCUAAUGCCGCAGCGAUGUACUACGGGUACUACAUGCUCCCUGAUGGAACGUUCUGUCUGGCCCCGCCUCCCCCUGGCAUAGAUGCAAACACCUACUAUAGCAGUAUGCCCUCAACUGUCAUGGCUCCCCCUACAUCUUCUGAGGCUGUGCCUAGUCUAGCAGCUACACCCAACCAGCCUGAAACUAUCACCAUGGCACCACCAGCUUCAGCCCCCUCUCAGGUCACCAGCUCUGCUGCUUCUGCUGUUGUGCCAGAAACCAGUUUGAAACCUGAAGCUCAAGUUUCCACACCAGCAACGGCAGCCAUCAUCCCCCCACCGCCUGACACCCAGCCAGUCAUAGACAAACUGGCUGAAUACGUUGCUAGGAAUGGUCUUAAGUUUGAGGCCAGUGUCCGUGCCAAGAAUGAUCCACGGUUUGACUUUCUGCAGUCUUGGAAUCAGUACAACAGCUAUUAUGAGUUUAAGAAGAAUUACUUCAUGCAGAAGGAAGGAAGAGGCUUACCAGAGAGUGACAGCGUAACUGAUGACGAUAAUAAGCUUCAAUCAGACACAUCACUCAAGGACUCCAAGCUGACUAAAGCCUCUUUUGCCCCCAUCUGUUUUGCCAUCAAGGCAAAGGAAAAUGACAUGCUGCCGCUGGAGAAGAACCGAGUUCGAUUGGAUGAUGACUCGGACGAGGACAAGUUGCUGGAGGAGCAGGGGCUGGAUUCUGUAAUGGGUGGAGCUGAGAUGGUUGAGAAGGAGCCUGCCCCAGCCAGUGCGCCAGAAGAGAAGAGACCCACGCUCAGUUUGGAGGAGCUGGAGGCAAAACAAGCCAAGCAGAAACUGGAGGACCGUCUCGCGGCUGCAGCCAGGGAGAAGCUGGCCCAGGCAUCUAAGGAGUCCAAGGAGAAACAGCUACAGGCGGAGAGGAAGAGGAAGGCAGCGCUCUUCCUGCAGACCCUCCGUGGCCCCUUUGCUGGGGAGCCUGAGGCCAAGAGAGCUGAGCUAGACUCAACGGCACAGUUUGAGUUGCAAGAAGCCCUCUCUGUCCUGUCUGACCCUGCAUCUCCACAAGUGUCCUCUGUACCAGCUGCGUACCCUCAGGAUCAAAGACCCACUGUGGAGAACAAAGGAGCGUAUCGCAGCAGGGAGGCCCCAUCUUCUUCUUCAUCAUCCUCCCACACUACGUCCAGAGGAGCGGCCAGAGACCGAGACAGAGAUAGAGACAGGGACAGAGAGAGAGACAGAGAAAGAGACAGGGACAGGGAUAGAGACAGAGACAGGAACAAAGGGAGGGACAAAGACAAAAAGAAGAAAAAACACAAGAGAAGGUCGAGAUCGAAGUCGAGGUCGGCCUCAAAGAGCAAACACUCACUUCCCAGUGCCUACAGGAGAGCCCGCAGGUCCCGAUCCCGCUCACACUCCCCGGGGAGAAGGGACAGGCGGGGCCCCUCAUCAGAAAGAAGACGAGAGGAGAGAGAGCGGGAGCGCUAUCAUCCCAGCAGCAGCUCCAGCCUGCCCAGGGGGCAUUCGAGAUCCAGGUCCCCUCCAGAAAAAAGGAGGAGCUCCCUGUCAUCCUCAGGACAAAUGCACACCGUGGGCUCCUCUCUCUCCCCGUAUUCCUCACCCAGCAGAGUUUUGUCCCCAUCAGCUAGCCCCGCCUCCAGCCUGACCCACUCCAGGGGUGGUUCUCUGGAGAAAGACAAGGCAGUGUCCUCAUCCAUAGUAUCCUCCGUUCAGUCCAAAAUAACUCAGGAUCUGAUGGCCAAAGUGCGAGCCAUGCUUGCCACCUCCAAGACCUUCCAACCUCCUAAUUCCUAAAAACGGCAUGUCCAGUCAGCAAUCGGCAUCCUCUGAUUUCCUGGAGAUGUAAUUGGCCUGGAUCUGUUUCAUCCACCUGUGUCCAUACUUGAUUUAUUAUUUCAUCUUGAUUUGAGCGUCGGCAGAUUCAGUUUGGCUACGUUAUGUCUUCUGCAGUAUUGUGAGAGUGAUGUAAAGGCACUCAUUAAACUGAAAUAUCCGGUUUCACACCUGACCUGAGAAAACAGCUCAUCUGCGCGGGGAUCAUGUCAGCGGCGGACAUGUUUUGGUGCAAAUGUGGAAGUAAAUCCAUAUGUUAAUUUGCAUCCUGGUUAAAAACACUCUACUUUUCUCCCACGUGGUGAGUCAUUCUUUGCAGCAUUACGUAAAGCUGCUGGAGGUCUGUAUUCUCUCCUUCUAUGAAGGGUCGUGUUGUUUUGAUAAAUUCAAUUCUCUCCUCCCUCAUCUACUAUUUUCUGCUGUUGUUUUCCCUCUUAUGUCCGCCCCCAGCUGUCUUCUCCCUUCAGCACCUCACACGUCUGCUUGAGAAGCCCUUUUAAUUUUCUACCGUGUCCCUCAGCUCUAGUGCGUGGCCUUCUACUUCUGUUUCUGGUUUGUACUGUAAUGGAAUUUAAUGCAAAACAACUUUCUAAUCCGAA